AAUACGGUUAGGUUAGGUCACAUUUACAACGAUUGCGUAUUAUCAUAUCAUGUGUUUAUACGUGGAAAUGUUUCUUGUUUGCUUUGAAAUUUCGCGUGUUAUUAAAUGUCCAUGAAAUGGAUAUGUUAAAUAAUCUAAGAGAUUUGUUAAAUGUUAAGAAUGUACCUGUCAUCAGUGGUGAAAUACCUAUUAACAAUAAAAUAAACCCGGAUGCAGCAGGUGAACUCCUAGAACACUUUCAUAAGCAAUGGGAAGAAGUGCAUAACAAUAAUGAAACAAAUGCAAACCUGGCUGACCAGGCAGCUGAUGCUAUUGGAAACAUUCAUUUGUACAUUACAUCACAAAAUGAACAUAUAACAGCAAUAAAUCAAUUGCUAACAUCAUUGCCAACUCUUCAGAAUACAUUACAGACCUGCAAUUCACAAAUUCAGCAACUGUGUAAAUCCUUUGAACAAGUUGAAGAAGAUUUACUUCGGUUUGAAGAUGUUAUUGAACAAUGUGAACUGGAGAAAAAGAAAAACAAUCAUAGGUAUCAAUUAGCAUUGUAUGAGGAGAAGAAAAUGGCUAAUCUGGAAAUACUUAGAGCAGAGUUAUCUAAGAAACAUGAACAAGAAGUGAUGGAAAAUGAGGUGAAGAAAAGGGAAGCAAUGCAGGAAAGGCAGUUAGUUUUUCAGGAUGCAUUCAAAACUGAUUUGGAAACUUACAAAGCUCUGGGGACCAUUCCAAAAAUUCAAGUUAACCAAUCCAGUGCCUUAUUAGAGGAAAUUCAAUUGGAUAUUGAUGACAAGGAACUAAUGGACUUUCUGGAUGAGAAAUAAAUCAAUUGAAUUGUAUGUAAAAACAAUUGUGAUAUAACUAACCAAUAAUUAACUAACAAAAAGGGAAAGUGCACUGAUUUGUAACAAUAUAUAGAAUAUAUAUUUGAAAAUGAAACAA